GUGCGUCCCCAUCCAUCCGGCAAGAUGGCGCUCCCUCUUUGUUUGCUUGCCUCUUGUUAAUUUACUCUCCCGUUUAAUCGCGAAACCUGUGCAAAUUUCCCAAGAUACCAAUUCCAAAUGAGAGGCAAAGCGCGCCCCUCGUGUUUUCGAUCAGCAAGAGAUGACUACAGAGCCUAAAAGUAAGAGCAAGUUGAAUACAUUAGUGGAAAAACUUCAUGAAUAUUUAGCUUAUUCAUCAGAAGAAUCUGAAGAUUCUCCAACUUCAGGCAGGUAUCUUGGUAAAGAUUUCACUGGAAAUAAAUUGCACAAAAAGGACCAAAUCAUGGAAGAGCCUGGUAGCUCCUGUGAAAAGUUGAAGACUUCCUCUUCCCGUUCAAAGAGGAAACCUUCUGUAGUAACAAAAUAUGUUGAGUCUGAUAUUUCAAAUGAAAGUGGUCAUGAAAACACCUCCAAUGAUAAUACUUCUGAGAAUAAUUUGGAUGUUAACAGGUUGCCAAAAGGAACUAUUGUUGUCCAACCUGAGCCAGUAUCAAAUGAAAUUAAAGAUGAUUUUAGAGGUCCUGAGUUUAGGAAUCGACCAACAAAACCUAAACCAGACAUUUCCAAAAAGAGAGGAGACGAAAGCUUGCAUGGCAUUGUUAGCUGUACAGCUUGUGGACAGCAAGUUAAUCAUUUUCAAAAGGACACCAUUUUUCAGCAUCCUGCACUUAAAGUUCUUAUUUGUAAGACAUGUUACAAGUACUACAUGAGUGAUGAUAUAAGUAAAGAUGCAGAUGGCAUGGAUGAGCAAUGCAGGUGGUGUGCUGAAGGAGGAAAUUUAAUUUGUUGCGACUUUUGCCACAAUGCAUUCUGCAAAAAAUGUAUUUUGCGUAAUCUUGGUAGGAAAGAACUCUCUAGCAUAAUGGAGGAAAAUAGUAAAUGGUACUGUUACGUUUGUAGUCCUGAACCAUUACUGGACCUCGUUGCUGCAUGUGACAGUGUGAUAGAAAAUCUGGAACAGUUUUGGCAGCAGAACCGGAAGAAGUCCAAAGUAGACAGUGAAAAGUCUAAUCGAGAUGAGCAUACACACAAACAUUCACUUAAAGACAAAGUGGCAUGUAACGGAAAGGAAAAUGUAUCUGAUAAUAUGGGUUCAGGCACUACAACAUUUUCGUACAAAGCACUAAAGGUACCCAAAGAAUUAAUAAAAAAGACAAAAAAACUGGUUGAAACUACAACUGGUUUGAAUACUACCUUUGUGAAAUUUUUACAGCAAGAAACUGAAACUGGUCCAUUGAAUAAAAUGAGGUUGAGACACUUAAAAGCCUUUAAAUCAGUAUUGUCAGACCUUAAAAAAGCUCAUUCUGCAUUAGAAGAAGCAUUGGAGAAAGAGCUUAGAGAAUUAGAGCUUUCAAAUGGGGAGGACAUUGAUUGCGAUCUAAACAAUGGAGACUUAAAGGUUCUUAAAGGGGAAAAAGAUGUCAGUUCUUCUGAAAAUAAUGCUGAGCAUUUUUCCAAGGUUGCUACAGACAAUGGAGUUAUUAAUAUAUUAGAAGAUGACAACAAUGGCGCAAACUCUUGUCCACUGAUCGAUCAUUGUCAGAAUGAUAGCACUGUAAAAAUUCAUGUUGGAGAGGCCAACUUUGUUGGGGAAGACAAACCUAAAUCUCUGGAUGGUGUAUUAGAUAGAUCAUCUGAGGAACCAGUAAUUUUUGAUUCAUCAGAUGCAGAAGAGGACAAUAUUAAUAGUGACAAUGAUGGUGAAAUGCCAGAUCCAGGUGAUGUUUCUAAGAGUAAAAAUGAUGGACAAGAAGCUGGUGAAAAAGAACAUAAAAAUGGAGAAAAAGUGAUAUCUACUGUUGGCUCAGAUGAUAAAGAGGAAUCUGUAAAUGCCUCUGAGUCAUCGUUGGAUAAAGAUAUUUUAACUGUUCCUUCAUCAGUUCCUGAUGAACUCUUUGAAGCUGCUGACUCUUUUAUGGAAGCGCAUAGUAAAAUAACAGAUAGAGAUGAAAAUAGUUUUUCAAACUCAAAAAGAGCUACAAAAUUUAGUGACUCGAAAAGAAAAACCUUGAGAAAACAUUCUGUUGAGAGAAGGUCAGCUUCUAAAGUUGAAGCUCCCAUUAAAGUAACAAAGGAACUUGUGGUGAAGUUAACUCCUGUUUCAAUAUCUGAUACUUCCUGCUGUAAGCCAAUGAAAGGCAAAAAUGAAUUUGGUAGUGAUAAGAGUGAAGAAAGCAGUAGUGAAAAAUCUGAGAACAUGUGUGAUGAAGAGAAUGAAGAAGUGCUGCCUCAGGACGAUGGAUUAGAAUGCAGGCGUUCUCCACGUGUGAAGACAACACCUCUUAGAAGACCAACCGACAGUACUAAACUUUCAUCUCAAACAGAAGAUCAUAGUGACAGUGAAUCAGAAGAUGAAAAGCCUGAAUUUCCAGUUAAAAGCAAGCCAAAGUCUUCAAGUAAGCUUAAAGAGGUUUCACUAAAUGCAAGUCAAAACAUUGCUGUUCCACAAGCACCUACUUCUGCAAAAGAUUUAGAUCUUUCAGAUUCCGAUGAAGUGCCUGAGAUUUUGAAAAGGUCAGCAGAAAUGUGUCCAUCUUCACCCGAAGUGGAUAGCAAUGUAGAUUCUCCAAAAAGUGUUAAAAGGAAAUGUUUGUUUAAUAUCAAGAAAAGUACUCCCCAGUCUAAAGAUAAAAAAGCUACAAAAAGAAAAAUGAAGACCUCAUCAGAAUCUGAUCCUGAUGUACAAAAGACCACUACAAAACCUGAAAAAUGCACAAAGAAAAAAAGACAAAAUAACUCUGAUUCUUCUAAUUAUGAUUCUGACCUUGAAAAAAAAAUUAAAAAUUUUAGCAAAUUAGAAGCAGUGAAAAAGGGAAGAUCUAAAAAACUUGUAAAGAAUGUUAAAAAAGAGGAAGAAAAAGAGGAAGAAAAUCAGUUUUCUGAAAAGGCUAUUCCUAAAGAAAAGAAAAAAAUCAGAUCAAAAGAAAGACAAAUUAAAAAAACAGUGUCAGAGUCAGACACUUCUUCAAGUGAAGAGGAUAAACCUAAACAAGCAGAUUACCAAGAGGUUGGGGAAGAGGAUAGUAGUGAUGAACAGAAGAUUAAGCCAAUAACUGAAAAUGUAAUUGGUUCACUGCAGAAGGAAUUUUGUCAGUCAUCAGGUGAUGAAGCAGUAAUUAAAACGGGUCCUGUUUCAGGAGCUGAAGAUGAUGAUGAUGAUGAUCCUGAGAAUAGAAUUGCAAAAAAAAUGAUUUUGGCACAGAUCAAGGCAAACUUAUCUUCAGAGGAUGAUGGAACAACAGAUGAUGAAGACUCUGAAAAAGAAGAUAAUGAUAAAAAUGAGAAAAGCAAGACAGGUGUUGAAGUGAAAGAGGAAGUGUCUGACACUGGAUCUGAAUCUGACUUUGAGAUGACAAAGAAACGGCGAUUUCGACAUCGUCUUCUUCGAAAAAAGCUCUCCAUGAGUGAAGGUGAAUCUGGAGAAGAGAAGCAGCCAAGAGAGAAAAAUGAAAACCUGAAGAAGUCAAGAAAGAAAGUGAGUAGUGAUGAUUCUGCAGAUUCUGAUUUUGAGGAGUCUGGCAUAAGUGAAGUGAUUUCUGAUUCUGAUGGUGAUGAGGACAAGCGACCUAGAACAAGAUCUGCAAAGAAAGCAGGGGCUGAAGAAAAGCAACGCAGUUAUCAGCAGAAGAAGAAAAGGAGACGUAUUAAAGUUCAGGAGGACUCUUCAAGCAAUGCUCAGAGUAAUUCAGAGGAGGAGAAUGAAGGUGGUGAUGAAGAUGAUGAUGAUUCAAAGUCUCCUGGAAAGGGUCGCAAGAAAAUUCGUAAAAUUCUUAAAGUGGACAAACUAAGGUCUGAAACACAAAAUGCUCUUAAGGAAGAAGAAGAAAGGAGAAAACGUAUUGCAGAACGUGAGCAAUUAAGGGAGAAGUUGCGAGAGGUAAUUGUAGUUGAAGAAGCAUCCCAAAUCCAGUGCCCUAUUACUACCAAGCUUGUAUUAGAUGAAGAUGAGAAAACCAAGGAGCCUCUUGUGCAGGUUCACAGGAAUAUGGUAACAAAACUGAAGCCACAUCAAGUUGAUGGUGUUCAAUUUAUAUGGGAUUGUUGCUGUGAAUCUGUGCAGAAAACCAAGCAGUACCACGGUUCAGGUUGUAUUCUGGCACACUGUAUGGGUCUAGGCAAGACACUGCAGGUAGUAACUCUUCUACAUACAGUUUUGCUGUGCGAAAAACUAGAUUUCAGUACUGCUCUGGUGGUGUGUCCUUUAAAUACAGCACUUAACUGGUUGAAUGAAUUUGAGAAGUGGCAGGAAGGUUUGAAAGAUGAAGAAAUGUUAGAGGUGUGUGAACUUGCUACAGUGAAGCGACCCCAAGAAAGAUCAUAUAUGUUGCAGCGUUGGCAUGAAGAUGGAGGCGUAAUGAUAAUUGGUUAUGAAAUGUAUCGAAAUCUGACACAAGGCAGGAAUGUGAAGAGCAAAAAGCUAAAAGAGAUUUUUCACAAAACUCUGGUUGAUCCAGGUCCUGACUUUGUUAUAUGUGAUGAAGGACACAUUUUAAAAAAUGAAGCAUCUGCCAUUUCCAAGGCAAUGAAUUCCAUAAAGACACGAAGAAGAGUUGUUUUGACAGGAACUCCACUGCAGAAUAAUCUUAUUGAAUACCACUGUAUGGUGAAUUUCAUCAAGGAAAACCUGUUGGGAUCAAUUAAAGAGUUUAGGAAUCGAUUUAUCAACCCCAUUCAAAAUGGACAGUGUGCUGACUCCACCCCUACUGAUGUGAGAGUAAUGAAGAAACGUGCCCACAUUCUGUAUGAAAUGUUAGCAGGAUGUGUUCAGAGAAAAGACUACACUGCUUUGACAAAGUUUUUACCGCCAAAGCAUGAGUAUGUUCUGGCUGUGAGAAUGACUCCGGUACAGUGCAAACUAUAUCGAUACUACUUGGAACACUUCACAGGUGUUGGCAACAAUGUCGAUGGAGGCAGAGGCAGGGCAGGAGCUAAAUUAUUCCAAGAUUUCCAAAUGUUAAGCAGAAUAUGGACACAUCCUUGGUGCCUGCAGCUCGACUAUAUAAGCAAGGAAAAUAAGGGAUACUUUGAUGAGGACAGUAUGGAAGAGUUCAUUGCUUCAGAUACUGAAGAAUCAUCAAUGAGUUUAAGUUCAGAAGAGGAAGAAGUUAAAAGCAAGAAGAAAAAGAAGUGUAAGAAACAAAAGUCCUCCAGCUCUAAUGAUGAUAAUGGUAGUGAUAAUGAUCUAGAAGUGAUCAAAGUAUGGAAUUCCCGUUCACGUGGUGGUGCAGAUAAGAUGGAUACUGAGAGAAAUAAACAACCUGACCCUCCAAAAGAAGAAGAAGGAAAUAAAUCUUCUGCAAGCUCAGCACCGGGAAGUCCUUCUCCUGACUGGCACAAAGAGUUUGUUACUGAGGCAGACUCUGAAGUGCUAGAACACUCUGGGAAAGUUGUAUUGCUGUUUGAAAUUCUUCGUAUGGCUGAAGAAGUUGGAGAUAAAGUGCUUGUGUUCAGUCAGUCAUUGAUUUCCUUGGACUUAGUAGAAGAUUUUCUUGAGCUGGCAAACAGAGCUAAAGCAGAAGAGAAGCCUGAAAUUUACAAAGGUGAUGGAAAGUGGUUUAGAAAUAUUGAUUACUAUCGUCUUGAUGGCUCAACAAAUGCAAUAACAAGAAAAAAGUGGGCUGAAGAUUUUAAUGAUAUUAGCAACACCAGGGGGCGCUUGUUUCUGAUUUCUACUAGAGCUGGAUCUCUAGGAAUAAAUCUUGUUGCUGCUAACAGAGUUAUUAUUUUUGAUGCCUCUUGGAAUCCAUCUUACGAUGUUCAGAGUAUUUUUAGAGUAUAUCGUUUUGGCCAAACUAAGCAAGUGUAUGUGUACCGGUUUCUGGCUCAGGGAACUAUGGAAGAGAAGAUCUAUGAUAGACAGGUUGCAAAGCAGUCACUCUCUUUCCGGGUUGUGGAUCAGCAACAGAUUGAGCGUCACUUUACAAUGAAUGAACUCACUGAGCUGUAUACUUUUGAACCUGACCAACUUGAUGAUCCUAACUCUGAAAAGAAGAGCAAAAGAGCCACUCCAAUGCUCCCCAAGGAUCCUUUCCUAGCAGAACUUCUUCACAACCAUAAAGAAGAGAUAGUAGGUUAUCACGAGCAUGAUUCACUUCUUGAUCACAAAGAAGAGGAAGCACUUACUGAAGAAGAGCGCAAAGCAGCUUGGGCCGAAUAUGAAGCAGAGAAGAAAGGAUUGUCCUUGCGAACAGGUAUAAAUCCUGGAGUGAAUUAUUCCCCUUUUACCAUUGGUGCUCCUACUACAUAUUUCCCAUUCAAUGUUGCAGCAUUAGCUGCAAUGAGCAACCAGCAGCUAGAGGAUCUUAUUAACCAAGGCAGAGAGAAAGUUGUUGAAGCAAGCAAUCAGAUUACUUCAGUUACAAGAGAAUCAUUUGAAGAUAUCAUAUCAUCUGUGUGGAAAGAAAAUCCAAAUCUGACUGAGGCUCAAGUACAGUCUAUGGCCUUAGGUCGCCAAGCAAGCAUUGAACUGGAGUUGAAGCGCCGUGAAGCUGUAUACAGAGACGUGUUAACUAAACAACAGACGUUAAUAAUGUAUGUUCAAAAGGUGCUAUCGAAUAGGAAGAUCCAGGAGCAGCAUCUGGCAAUGCAAAGAGCCCAGCUGUUGAACCGCAUGGGUUUACAGAAAGGACAAUUGGGACCUUACAGUCAAAUGGAGAUGCUGGGAUUGUAUCAACAUGCCCUGGGGAGUGCAAUGCAGGCCCCUUCUUUGCAGGCUAUGCCGUCUGCUUUAAACCAGAUGAGAAGCAAAAACCCAGGACCAUCUCAAGGAAACUAGAGUUGCAGCUAAAGCAUAAAUGAAUAGAGAUCUCUACACUUAUGUCUGUUUGUCUUUAAAUGUGGGGGGGACUUUGGCUGAAAAAGAUGCACACAAACUGAAAACUGUCUUUAAGUGUAUGCAAACAGGAAAAGAAUUGAAGGUGUCCUACAAUUUUAUUAAAAUUGUAUAUAUAGCCUUAAUUUUAUUCAAGGUUUUGCCCAGUUUUAAUAAUUAAUUAAAACUGUGCUUUUGGUUACACUGUUUUAUUUGUCCCUUGAUAAUCCACAUUAUAUUAUUUUUCUCAACUAAUAAAAUAAUUACAUCCUUUGCUUCCAUAACUUUUCAAAAAUAUUCAUUUUGUAACAAAAUUUCAGUGGGACCACAGCUUGACUAACUUGCUCAUAUUUAUGGAUGUAUGUCCACUGCUCACAACAUCAACACUGUCUUCUUUAAUUUUUUUUUAUUGUGACUAUGUGUUUUUAAAGUGAGUAUUAAAAAGUUUUUGGAGGGAAAUCCAUCAGCACCAAAAAAAAUCACCAGAAUUAAUUUAAGUUUGUCACCUUUCAUGUAGUUCAUUUCAACACAACUGAUAGAAGAUAUUUAAAACGUGUUCAUUAUACAAAGUAUUUUUUGUAUAAGGCUUAGAAGUGUUUAUCUUGGCUCUUGUUGCUUUUAGCGAAAUUCUCAAUUGCUUGCACUGUGUUUAAAUAUAGAUCUGCUUGCUGGACCUUUUGUAACCUAUCCUGGUUGUAAAGUGUUUUUUUUUUUGGCUUAAUACUGUGAGAAUAUGAAUGUUUUUGUCCUGCUUGUGUAGUAAUGAUUAUUUUACUAAGUAGGAACUUUGCAUAGCUCUAAGCUCUAAUAAUGGUUGGAUUUAUUACUUGGGCCUGAGGGGAGGGGGUCAGAAUUGAAUUGGUAUAGUUUUGGAGACUUCUUCUCCUUAAAUUGCACAAAAUAUAUGUAAGAAAUGUACAGGAACAGCAGUUUUUUUUUCUUAUUUUCCUGUUUUAUUUUUGGCAAGAAUGUUAUUUGAUGCUAGAAAUGCACCAAUACGUGUUUUGCAAUUACUUGGCAGUUUACUAGUUAAAUGUUUAAUAUGAAUUUAAUAAAGACCAAAUGGUGUGUUUCUUUUAUUUAAGCACUGUCUAUUUAUUUCUACAGUUAACUGUUUUUUUAUUUUUAUGUCUUUAAAAAUUUUGAAAGCAGCAUCUGAAUAAACUAUAUUACCUCCUAAUUAUUAAAAGAUAUAGUUCUAAAGUGUAGCAAAAAAAUUGCACUCAUUGUUUAUGGGCUUUCACAAAACCAUUUACGUUUUAACUCGAUAAACAUUUCAUUCAUGGAAGUUCUGUUGCUGUAGACUCAUACCGUUAAGCAUCUUAGUUUGAAUAAUUGCAUAGUGGUUAGUCACAAAUCCACAACAUCUGGCUCAGAAGUGGUCUCCUUACAGUGUGAGCUAAUAGGGGCACUCCAUGUCUCAGCUACAUUAAUACCACUUCUGAACACUGCAAGUAGUGCACUUCCUGGUGACAUCAGUUGAGCUCUCACUCUCUUAAGUUCUGACUUUUUUUUGCACAACACCAUCACACUCCACCUGUCCACAGUGCAGAUCUUCAAACUGAGAUGCUUCAUGGUGUGAGUCCACAACAGUACACUUGGCCACCAUGUUGGGAUUUGCACUGUGAACGUGUGGAGCGCAGUUAUGGUGUUACAGGGAAACAGUGCAGACUGAGAGAGAGCUCAGCUGAUGUCAGCAAUUCUGUUAGUUUGCGCUGUAAGGAGACUGUCUUCUGAGCCUAAUGUUGAGGGUUUGCGACUGACCACUGGCAGUUCACCACAGUGCAGAUCUGCUUCAUUUUUAGAGUCUGACAGCAUUACAGAACCAGCAAUGUCGGACUCGGAAGCAGUCUCCUUGCAGUGUGACCUACUAGCAGAACUCUGUGUCUCAGCCAUGUAGGUACCACUUCUGAACUCUGUGAGUGGAGUGCUCCUUGGUGAAAUCAGUUGAGCUCUUACUCUCAGUUCCCAUUUUUUCUGCUGAACACCACCAUUACAUUCCACCAACCCACAGUGCAAAUAUUUAAACCUAAAUGCUUUGUGGCAUGAGUCUACAACAGCCACAAUGUUGGUAUUUGCACUGCAAAUGUGUGGACUGCAGUUGAAGUGUUGUUGAGAAACAGUGGGGAGUGAGAGAGAAAAAGCUCUGCCAAGAGGAAAACUGUCUCAGCCAGUGAAAUACCACUUCUGAACAUUGCCAGUGGAUAACUCUCUUGGCACUCACUUUUUCUGCACAAAAGAAGCACAACAUAAGGUCAGCCUGUGGAGAAGCUUGUAUGGUGCUGUUACUUGGCAAGAGAAUGCAAAAGGCAGAACUGGCCUACCACUUAGACCAUUUGUGAGGUUGCAUGGGUUCUGUGCCUUUCUGAGACAUUAAGUAGAUUUUGAAAUUGAAAUAUUCUCCAUUCCAGCCCCUACCAAUACAGAUAUUUUUACAAUAUGCAUUUAUUAAAUUCAGUAUAUUCUUAAUGAAAAUGCACUUCCUCUUCCAAACUUAGUGUGCUAUACACAUUACAAAUAUAGUACAAUUACAAUAUAAUGUAAAAUGAUAUACAACAGUAACACUUUACCAGAGAGAGAGAGAGAUGCUGCUAUUUUGUGACUGUAGACGUUUUCCUUAAAAACUACAGUGGAGUGCUCCUGACUUCAAGUUAUUUAGCUAUUCUGAGAAGCUUCACUGAACCUUUUCUCAAUGAAGAUAAACUGUGAGAAUAUUAAUGUUUUGUCCUGCUUGUGUAGUAAUCAUGAUUUUACUUAAUAUGAACUUGGCAUAGUUUUGAGCUCUAAUAAUGGUUGGAUUUAUUACUUGAGCCUGAGGGGAGGGGGACAAAAGUGAACUGGUACUUUUCCUUGAAUUGCACAAAAUUUAUGCAAGAAAUGUAUAUUAACAGUUUAUUUCUUAAUUCCCUGUUUUAUUUUUGGCAAGAAUGUUAUUUGAUGCUAGAAUGCACCAAUAUGUGUUCUGCAAUUACUUGGCAGUUUACUAGUUAAUUGUUUAAUAUGAAAUUUAAUAAAGACCAAAAUGGUGUGUUUCUUUUAUUUAA